AUGGGUACCUCAUUGUUGAUUACAGCUGUUUUGGUGUUGCUUGUCGGAACCGCCGUUAAAGGCUGUCCGCCGUCGGAUAGGGCGGCGUUGCUGGCCUUCAAAGCUGCGUUACAUGAGCCUUACUUGGGCAUCUUUAAGUCGUGGAAGGGUAACGACUGUUGUAAGAAAUGGUACGGUAUCAGUUGUGAUCCGACUACCAAACGGGUUGCCGACAUCAACCUCCGUGGAGAGUCCGAAGACCCGAUUUUCCAGAAGGCUCAUCGGACCGGGUACAUGAACGGAACCAUUUCUCCAGCUAUUUGCAAGCUGACGAGGCUAUCAAGUGUCAUUAUUGCUGACUGGAAGGGUAUUUCCGGUAUUAUACCUCCAUGCAUCUCGUCUCUGCCGUUCCUCCGUAUCCUCGACCUCAUCGGAAACCAACUCUCCGGUGAAAUCCCUUUCGAUAUCGGCAAACUCAGCCGUCUCACGGUUCUUAACAUUGCCGACAACCGAAUCACCGGUAGAAUGCCCAGAUCAAUCGCUAAUCUAUCGUCGUUAAUGCAUUUAGAUCUCCGAAACAACUUGAUUUCGGGAACCAUACCACAAAACUUCGGGAAGCUGCGGAUGUUGAGUCGCGCGUUACUGAGCGGCAACCGGAUCUACGGACCGAUUCCAUACACGAUUUCUUACAUCUACCGUCUCUCCGACCUUGAUCUGUCGCUGAACAGGAUCUCCGGACCUGUUCCUGAAUCUCUUGGGAAAAUGGCGGUGUUGGCGACAUUGAAUCUGGAUGGAAACAUGAUUUCAGGUAAGCUACCAGCCACAUUGAUCAACUCAAGCAUUAGUAUCUUAAACCUUAGCAGAAACGCUAUCGAAGGCAACAUACCGGACGUGUUCGGGCCUAGAUCUUACUUCAUGAUGAUGGAUUUGUCGUACAACAAUCUGAAAGGACCGAUCCCGAAGUCGAUAGCGUCCGCGUCUUACAUCGGACAUCUUGAUCUGAGUCACAACCAUCUGUGUGGGGCGAUUCCGGCUGGAUCCUGGUUCGAGCACCUUGAAGCGGCAUCGUUUGUUAACAAUGACUGUUUGUGUGGGAAGCCUCUUAAAUCUUGUUAA